AUGCCCGAGAUACGCAAUAUCGUGUUCCUUGGGACCAGUUAUGCCGGCCUAGGGGCGGCACAUUACUUCCUCAAGCACAUUCACCCAACGCUCCCCAAGGACGAGAAGGUGACAUACAGAGUCGUGCUGGUCGACCCAUCCACAAAGUUUUAUCUUCGACACGCAUCGCCUCGAGCAUUGGCAAGUGAAGCACUCAUGCCGAACAAGCACAUCUUCCUACCAACCGAGAAUGGUUUCAAGCAAUACGGCGACACUGUGACGUUUGUCCAGGGAAAGGCUGUCUCAUGGGACACAGAGUCGCGAGGCGUCACCAUCCGAAAAGCCAAUGGUAAAGAGGAAGUCUUGCUCUAUCAUGCUCUGAUCCUGGCAACUGGCACCAAGACACCGAGCCCCCUCUACUCUCUGCAGGGCACGCCCCACACCGACAUCGAGGCUGCUCUUGCUGAGAUCCGUGGCAACCUUGCGACUGCGAAGCACAUUGUCAUCGCAGGUGGUGGUCCAGCGGGUGUCGAAUCAGCGGGCGAACUUGGAGAGCUCCUCAACGGCAGAGCUGGAUGGUUCGCUUCAAGACCAUCCCAUCCACAGGCGCAAAUCACACUCUACACCAACUCCGACAAACUUCUACCAGUUCUCAGACCCAGCAUCGGCAAACAAGCUGAGGUCUUCCUAAAACAAGUCGGCGUCGACGUGCAGUACAACACAAAGAUCUCAUCGAGCCAGCCUCUUUCGAACGGUCAAACCAGCGUCAUGCUCCACAACGGCGAAGAAGUCGUUACGGACAUCUACAUCCCAGCAAUGGGCCUCUCUCCAAUGACUGAAUACGUACCCAAGCACCUUCUCGAUCCCCAAGGCUACGUCAAGACCAACGAUCAAACUCUUCGCGUCAAUGCCGCUGGCCCAAGAGUCUACGCUGUUGGUGACGUUGGCACUUACUCUCGCAACAGUAUCAUCGAUAUCAUGGACAGUAUACCAGUUCUCGAGACGAAUCUCAAGCGUGAUCUGCUCGCUGCACAUGUGGAUUACAACGCGAAACCAUCGGGUCCAGAUAGACUGUUCAAAGCAGGACCGGCGGAGACACAGAUUGUACCUGUGGGCAGAUCCAAGGGCGUGGGUGCCUUGUUUGGAUGGAGACUACCGAGUUGGUUCGUGUGGUUGCUGAAAUCGAGGAACUUCAUGGUCACGGAGGCGGGUGUGCAUGAUAGGCUGAUGGGGAACGAUUGGGCGAAGGAGAAGGCUUGGAACGGAAAAUGA